AUCGCCUCUGUCUUCAUCUCUUCUACCGUAGGCUCAGACAUCUACAGACUCCUUGCAGGCCGUUGUUCUAAAUAAGCUCUUUGUGUGGUCGUUUGGCCGGUUUGACGUAACUUGGCGCACGACGCAUUCAAGUCAAACCCUUCUACCAGAACAUAAAGAUCCACAAGACGCGCCCAUGUCUGGCAUAUCCAGAAAUGGGGCUGGUCUGCGAAGGUCACGCAAGGCACCCAUCACGCAGGAAGAGGUCUUUACGUAUGCGUUGCGCACAACCUGUAUGGCGCAUCAUCAGCGCACGCGAUCGCGUUGGCAAGUCUCGAAACAACGGCCUGAUGCUGCUGUAGAAGCUAGAAAGGCCAGUCGGACGUCUCUGUCAAUUGCAGAUAUACUUGGAGGGGCAUCGAAGGAUAAAAAGACGCUCAAAUUCCCAAAGGAGCUCGUCAAGUUGUUGGAUGUGGCUCUGAAAAAGGUGUGGAUGAGGCAGGAUCCAGAGUAUGAAGAUGUCCUGAUACGCGGUACAUUCGGCUUCUUCUACUCUUACUACACAACAGAAGCCUUUCAAAAGCAACUCAGGGACAAUCGGCGCAUCGAGGAUUUGAUCCUCAUGUUCUUCAGCAAAGCAACGCAAGAGCUGCAGAAGCGCAUGUCGGAUGAAGAAGCCAAGAAUUUGGUCAAUAUCCAUGUUGCCAAGUUCAUCCGUCUGAUUACACAAGUCAUUCGGUCGAAUCAUCUCGAACGCAAAGACUCGGAGAUCGUGUUGAGACUCAAUGGGUACGAGCAAAAGUUGCUGCAAAACAAUGACUACAUCAGCCUAGUUUCUGAGCCGCCUUCUGCACCAGCAACACCUGUUCCUUGGCUUCUCAAUGAGAUGGUGGCAGUGCACAAGCUAGGAGCUGCUUUCCGGAAAAGCAGCAAUGCCCUUGAUUUGCUCAUCGACCAGCAACGGUCCAUGUGCACCGAUCUUGCUCUGUUGCGCGACCUCAAAACACAAGUUGAGCAUAUCAAUAUGCAGAGCAAUAAGGAGUUUGACAGUGAAGAGGCAUUCAACAAUUGGAAGCAGAGUGAGAUUAAGGAACUCACUCAGGCAAUUCUCAAGCUGACAAGUGGCAACACGACAUUGGCGAAAGUAUCGGAUGGUCGUAUGCCUGGAUCACCUUCACGGAGUCGUGCUAGCUCAUUCACCUCUGAAGACUUGUCGAAGCGUAUGUCGCAGGUGUCAUUGCAAGAAGAAGAACCGCAUCCUUACUUCUUCAUCCCACCUGAUCCUUUCAACCAUUAUCGAGAGUUGCUCUCUGUGCUGCUUGAGGAUGAUUUGGCAGAAGCCGCGAGUCGCGUCCAAGCUGGUGAUGACGAUGCGCGAUUCGAUUUGUUGAGUAAGUUGUCCUUGGAGGUGCUCCAAGACUGCCGAGUGCGCUGGCGCAUCAGCCCAGGCGGUCAUGCUGCCAUCUAUCUCGAUGUUUGCAAGAGUCUCUUUGUCGCUGGCCGACUGGACAUAGAAUUGCUGGAUGAGAUUUUGGUUGAGAUGCGCAGCGAAUCACCAACGACAUGGACUCGAUCAGAAAGAGAGAGCUAUAAACGGUCUAUGCUCUCUCUCAAUGACCACCUGAUCCGCGAGCUCUACUCGCAGCUCGAGAAGGCAUUCUUCAAGAAUGUGGAUACCAAGGCGCUUUACAUUCUACAAGAGCACAUUUACACCGAUCUUCUCUUUCAAGAAGCAGCCCCCGAGACGGCCCAUCUUUUCGACGAGAUGGAGGACGGUCUUCGCAAUGUAGCCGUCGACGCUUAUCGCUCUCAGCUGGCCAAGAUUCGCAAAGGCACAGAAAUUGAGGUCUUGCAUGUCGUCAAGCUCGCUGUUGCACUCGUCAAAGACUUGUCAAGGUUGCAACGUAAGUAUCAGCAGCCCAUCCUCGAUAUCAUCGAUCUUCCGGGCAUCUAUCAGUCUGUUGCACUUCCGCUAUUUCUUGGCGACUUCAAAGGGCUGGUAGAGGAGUGUUACCGCUGUGCCAAAUCGCAAGACCGUCAAUUGGCAAUGGAAGACAUGUUUGAGCUGUAUCGCGCGACAUAUCAGGUGAUUGACUUUGUCGGCCUUGACAAGUCUCCGAUCGAUCUUGAUCAGUACUUCAGGCCAUAUGUACUGCAAUGGCUACAGGGUGCGCACAAAUCCAUCACUGAACUUGUACCGGCUGCAAUUGCAAAAGACGAGUUUACGGUCGACACUGAGUCCAAUGAUGAGGGUGUUCGAUCACAUUCCAUCAUCAUGCUCUUCCGCUCGUUCAACCAGCAUCUGACGUUCCUGAAGGACCUUGAAUGGCCUGAAGAGUACUGGCACGCCAAAUUCAUCACGGCACUGUCGAAAUCCUUUAGUGAUGCAAUCAGAGAAUACUGCAUCAGCGUGGAGCGUCUAUUUUGGAUUGAUGUCAACCAAGCACCUACACAAGCUGCAACGCCAACGGUCGAGGCAGCCACGCUUCAGCAGAGGCUUAUGGCCAAGGCGCGUGAAGCCAUGACAACCAAGGUGCUCGAGCCAUUCCAUAUCUCAUCAGCAGCCUGUGUCAAGCUCAACAAUAUUGAAUGGGCCAAGCUGCAGCUUGAUAAGAUGGAACGCAGUAUCGACACAGAAGCGCUGGCUGCUACCAUUGAGAAAUAUGAAGGUCCAGUGGUUGCUUGGAAGCCAGGUCAACGCACUAUUUUUACCAUCAAAGUCAUGGCUGCCGAGGGCCUCAAAGCAUGCGACACGAACGGCUUCAGUGACCCGUAUGUCGUUUUGAGUGGACAAAAGGGUAAUCGUAUUGGCAAGACGCGCGUGGUUCCUGCAACAUUGAGCCCGCGGUGGGAUGAGUCGUUUGAUGUGCCAACUACAGAACCUCUCUGGGUGUGCUGUACAGUCUGGGAUCAAGAUCCAUCCGGUGACCAUGACAUCUGCGGGCGUUGCUAUUUCAAGCUCGAUCCACGCUUCUUUGAGGAUUUUCAACCGAAAGAGUUCCAUGUCAAUCUUGAUACGCAGGGCGUGCUUCAUCUGAAAGUGACUAUGGAAGGCGAUUGUGAUGAUUCUGCCUUUUACUUUGGCAGAGCAUUCAGAUCUCUGAGUCGUGCAGAGAGCGACAUGACUCGAUCGAUUGUGGACAAGAUGACUCCUUUCAUUGAUGCCUCCUUGUCACCCAAUGCACUCAAAAAUCUACUCUCGAGGCCCCUCAAUAUUGACAACACGCUCGACUCUGCCUAUAGUCUGCUGAACAAAGCAGGCUUCAAUGCAUCUCGAUCGAUUUCUGUCAAGCGCGAGUCAUUGACGAAUGCGGAUAUGGAAGGACCUAUUGAGCCGCUGAUGGCCUAUUUGGACAACAACUUUCGUGUCUUGGACGAGAGUUUGAGUCGGCCAGCAUUCUUACUCGUCAUGACGAAGCUCUGGAACUUUACUCUGACGACUAUUGAAGAUCUGAUUGUGCCUCCAUUGCACUCAACGAGCAUCAAGGCAAAGAAACCGUUGUCAGAGCGCGAACUGGAUGUGGUGUACAAGUGGCUUGGCUUUCUCAAGGAAACGUUCCAUGGCGAUGGCGGUGGUUUAUCUGAAGAAGAGCUACAAACGCCGCUCUAUCACGAGAUAUUGUCGCUGCGCUUCUUCUACUUUGACCCCGUUGAGGAGCUGAUUGAGGCUUGCGAACGCACUAUACAGCACACCCGCCAAAAGCAAGAGGCAUUGUUGGAACGCAAGCGCACGCAAUAUGCUGCUUCGACUGGAGGCAACAAGGCUUCCUUGAUGGAGCGACAGCGUACGCGUGCAGCAGCAAGUGAGUAUCGCAACUUGGGCACCAUUCGCAAGAAACGCGAAGAAAAGAUUCGCGAGCGGCGCGAGUUGAGCAAUGCAGAGGAUGUCAUUCUUCGCGUGCUCAAGCUUCGAAGUAUGGGCAGUACGGUGAUGAGUCAAGUUGCGCCUGUGGAUCGUCAAGCUACAUUGGCCAAGGACUUUGUCAAGCGGCGGAUCAAGGAGAAGCAGGAGGCAAGCAGGUUAGCGGAACAGCAAGGAAUUGUACGACCGGCCUUGAAUGGGUCGCGCAAGAGCUCACAACAAAGUACGCGAGGUUGAAAGCGGUGAUGGCGAUGUGAUGUCAAUAAUGAUGUAUUGCAUGAGUUAUUCUUUACUCUGUUCGUGCUUUGUUUCCCGCGAGCUCCUUCUCAAGGCCGUUGUAUGGGUAUGUUCUCCUUUCGGCUGGCAACUCGAAGAACAUGAUUUUGCCAAAGCCGACGACGCCCAUGAAGCACGCGAGCCAUACGCCGAGGUGGAAGAAGGCGGUGCGCGGUUUGACAUGUGUGUGCACAU